AUACAGUCUCCGAACUUCUUCCUAAGCAUUCUCGAACUUCAAAAAUCUGUUUAAUGUUUUGUUCUUUUCUGUUUGGUAGCUGAGAAAUUGUGGGAUUGAUACUGAAAAGUUUAAGUGCUGAAAAGUUUUAAGAAUUUCGAGUCUUUUGGAUUUUCUGUGAAUUGGGAAUCUAUAAAUAACCAAGAUUUUGAUACGCUUAAGGUCGAUCGAUCCUACCCUUGGAUUGGUUUGAAAUCAGUACUCCAUAAUUUGGAACCAAAAUUGAUACAAACCGUGUUUUCAUGAUUGUUACAUGAUUUAAUUUUCUUUUCAUUUGUUUUCUAUGCAACCAAAAAAGGGUUGUUGUAUUAUCUUGGAUAUAUGGUUUUCUUGGUUGUUUAAGUGCCGAAUUAGAUCUGUCACGUAAUAACUGUCUUUUUAAUAUGUAGAAAUCAAUCUUAUUUUCCAGGGUGGAUUUGGCUCUUUUUUAACUACAAAAAUUUUAAAACAGAUCUUAGAACUUGGAAAUUUAUACUUCCCUGUUGUUUAAAUUUCGUUACGGAUUUCCUUCUGCUGCUUCAAUUGAGGAUUUAUUUCCGUGACAUUUAUAUUCUUCUAUGCUGUAUUGGAAUGCUCAUGGUAAAUUAAAAACAUUUUAUCGUGUUGUACAAGCAUUUUCUUGGAAGAAUUCCAUUCUCAGUUGGCUUACAAAUGAAAAUGGGGGCAUCAGCAUAACUGAUAGUACUUGGAUUUGGGUGCAGUUGCUUCACUCCUUUACUAUAUCAUCUUCGAGUGCUUUUGGUAGCUGUGGACAGGCUCAAAGAGGUCUGGAAUGAUUUUUUUUUUUUUAAAAAGAUAGCAGAUAAAGAUCGAGGAGUCUUAGGUUUGGUUUUCAAGACUUCCCAGGGGGAGAGGGAGAUAAAAGAAUGUCAAGUGGAAGAAACACCCAUUGGUGUUACCGGUGCAGGCAACCAGUUCGACUGCGGGGACGAGAUGAAGUGUGCGACAAUUGUAAUGGAGGAUUUAUUCAAGAACUUGAUGAUAUGGUGCACAUCAACCCAUUUGAUUUACUUGGACUGGAUAUUGAUGACGAUCAUGACAGGAGGUCAGGACUUACGGAAGCUUUCUCAGCUGUUAUGAGGCAUCGAUUGGCAGACAGGAGCCAUAGCCAUGACAUCAGAGGCUUCAGAGCUAGAUCAGAUUCAGUUCCGGAACAUGCUUCUGGUGUGGGUCCUUUGCUGAUUUUUGGGGGUCAAAUUCCUAUUAGAUUGUCUGGAAAUGGUGGGCUUGAAGCUCUUUUAAAUGGGACUCCCGGGAUUGGUCUUACGCGGGGUAAUGCAGGUGAUUAUUUUAUAGGCCCUGGACUGGAAGAGCUGUUUGAACAGCUUUCGGCUAAUGAUCGGAGAGGUCCUCUCCCGGCAUCUAGACCUUCAAUUGAUGCGAUGCCAACUAUUAAGAUCGCACAGAGGCAUCUUGGUUCUGAUUCACACUGUCCUGUAUGCAAAGAUAAAUUUGAGCUAGGGUCUGAAGCAAGGCAAAUGCCAUGUAAUCAUAUAUAUCACUCAGACUGUAUUGUCCCAUGGCUAAUCCAGCACAAUUCAUGCCCUGUAUGCCGCCAAGAGCUGCCACCACGAGGAAUGAAUAGUGGCCGUAGUACAAAUAAUCGAAGUCGAAGCAGCACUUAUAUUAGUAAUGCUGAGGGAAGGGAGAAUAGUAGGGAUAAUCAAGGAAGAAGGAAUCCGCUCUCUUAUCUGUGGCCAUUUCGCACAUCUAAUUCGAGCUCUAAUCAUAAUGGAACUGCUGGAAGCAGCUCUCCAACUAUUCGUGACAACAACCAGCAGCUGGGUUAUUCUGGGUGGCCUUUUGACUAAUGUUCUUUGUUUAGAUUACAGUUUCCGUUUAUCGCCGUUGUGAUCAAGAUUAGCGGAGUGGGAGUAUGUUGCUUGGUUGGUAAAUGAUGUUCUUUUUAUGUUUUGUACUUAGCUGUGCUUUUUAUGUAAAUGACUUUAACUUUGGGUGAAUAACCUUGGCUGCUUCAGUGUUCCUGCCUUUUUAUGCUUCA